AUGGCGUGUUCAGGUGAUACUUUUGAGAUGGUCUUGGCAGAUGAAUGGGGUAACAAGAUCCAUGCUACUUGCAAACGCUCUCUCAUGCACCGAAUUCAGCGUUUCUUACCUUUAGAUUCUUGGGGUGUCAUUGAACAUGUUAAUGUCAGUGUAGUUGGUGGUCAAUAUCGAACCACGAACUAUAAGUACAAGAUGGUUAUUGCAGAAGAUGCUGUAAUAUCGCGUUCAGAUUUAGUUGAUGAUAGGAGUUUCUUAUCUCUUGCUACUUAUAACGAAAUUGAAUCAUGUGAAGCAAAAAAUCAAGUUUUCCUCAUAGACGUGAUAGGAAAAGUUCAUGAACUGGGUGACAUCCAGACUGUACGAGUUUUUGGAGAGGAUAGAAAGAGGGUUCAAUUCCGUUUACUUGACACAGAAGGAAAUUCUCUUCCAUGCUGUCUGUGGGGAACCUAUGCAGAGCUACUUGAACCAUUUUGUGAGACUGCCAAAGAUCAAACCAUUAUUUGUUUGAUCCGGUUUGCAAAAAUAAAAGAAUUUAGAGGAGAGAUGCAAAUCACUAAUGCUUUUGAUGCUUCUCGGGUGUUCCUAAAUCCAAUGAUCCCUGAAGUUAUGGAUUUAACUGAAAGGCUGUCAAUUUCUGAUCUGUCUGUGGCUCUGGUCGAGAAAACGUCUGGGAAAAAGGAUGGCAAAAGAAUUUCAUAUGACUGGAAUAACGCAGAGAUCAAAUCCAUUUCAGAAAUCAUGGACUCCAAUCAGGUGGACUAUUGCAAAAUCGUGUGUACUAUUGAGGCAAUAGAUACUGAUUGGGCUUGGUUCUAUUUUGGUUGUAACCGUCACCAAAAACGUGUCAAUAAACUUCCCAAUGUGGAUUAUGCAAGCAUGACAAAAAAGGAUAAGCCUUUGUUCCGGUGUGAAAUUUGUCGUUCUAACAUCAGUAAUGUGGGACCCAAAUUUAAGCUACACUUUGUUGUAAAAGAUGACUCUGGAACAUGCACUGCAAUGUUGCUAGGCUCUGUUGGUAAGUCCAUUGUUGGUGUCGAUGCUGAAGAAUUAUGGGAUGGCUCUUAUGAGGAGAUUGAAGAUCCAGAGAUUCUUCCAGAACCUAUUCUAUCUUUGGUGGGGAAGUCUUUUUGUUUUGGUGUUUCAAUUACCUCAGACAAUGUCACAAAUGGAUCAGAGACUUUUGUGGUUUUAGAGGUUUGUUCUGGAGAUAAAGUUUAUAGUAUCGAUUCUCACUCUCUAUCAACUUCUGAUAUGGUCACAACUUCAUCUACAAUGUCAUCUGGAUCUAUUAUGAUGUUGGAUCAAGUUUCCUCAGAUGAGUGUCCAACUCCUAUAACAAAGCGCAAGGAAGAUCUAUCUGACCUACAGGACCUAUCAUCGGCUUCUAAGAAACAAUGCAGCAAGAUAAUCAAACAAGAGAAUAACAAGAGUGGCUAA